UAAUUGGUUCCCUUUUCACAUAGUCGCCGCUUACAUUACCCUUUGUUCUCUCUCACUCACUCCUCUUUAUCCUCCAACUCCCACUCAAAACCCUCACUCUCCACCGCCACCGCCACCGCCACCGCCACAUCCGGUGGUGCUUCAAUUUUUAUCUCCUUCGAUCUUGAAAAAAUGGCAGCAACAUCAUCGUCGGCAGAAGCAGCAACAGCAGCCGAGGGACCAGUACUAAGCUUAAUCAACAAGCGCAUACGAGCACUCCGUAAAAAAUACAACCGCAUCCUUCAAAUGGAAGAAUCAAUCUCACAAGGCAAACCUAUCAACAAGGAACAAGAAGACGUUCUCCGCUCCAAACCCUACCUCAUCGCUUCCAUGGAAGAGCUCGAAAAAUUAAAACAACCGCUCUCCGUCGCCGUUUCGGAGGAAAUCGACCUCACUAUCCAACGCAACAAACUUAACGAACCUAACAGUAAUGGUAACAGUGAGAUUAACCGUAACGGUAGCAGUAACGGUGUGGUGAUUGAGGAUCUGUUGAAUUUGUUGUAUUUUGGUUCGUUGUUUGAUGUGAAGUCGCAAAAUGAUUUUACGGCUACGAUGCUGACUAGGACUCACGAGAGGGGUUGUUGUUUGACCUAUGAUUAUGUUACUGAUGAUGCUACUGAUCUGCUUGGUGAGAGAGAUUUGGAUUUGAUUUCAAAACUCGGCGGUUUGCUCAUUUCGCGGCCGGUUGAUUCUAGUUUGUCUCAUAAGAAUGCCUUGCUUAAGUGUGUUGAGCAUGCUAAGCUCUGGCUUUCGAACUCUGAUCAGCUUAUCGAUGCCAAUGCCAAUGUUUCAUAUGUGGAGUUGAAGGAGAGGCUGAUUAAGAUUAUGGCUUCUGAUUACUUUACAACUACGCCGGAGAUGAAAGCUCCAGUUGAAGUGGCGGCUGCUGCUGCUGCUGGCAAUUAUGUUACUUUUCAGGCUCCAGUCCAUGGAGCUGUUCCUAUGUCUGCCUCGGUACCAGCAGAAGGCUCUAAUGAGCAGGACCAGGAGGAUGGGGAGACGGCAGAUUUCCAAGGAGGCGAAACUGGGGAUACCCAAUCCAGUCCCCCUGGGGAACUGCAGAAGGAUGAGUCAGAAACUGAAAUUCCUGCAGAAGGAGAACAAGGUGAGUCAUCAGAUGUGGACAAUAUUCAAACAGAGGUAGACCCCAGGGAGCAACAAUAUAUUGGUCGGCGUAACUAUCCAAACCAAAGAGGCGGGCGGGGUGGGAACGGAGGCGGGCGUAGGGGAUAUCCAAAUGUGCGAGGUGGUAGAAGUAGUGGCAGAGGAGGAGGUGGGUACCAAAAUGGGAGGCAACAAUUUUACGAUCAAUCUGGAAACUAUUACCAGAGGAACUAUUAUAACAAUCGGGGAAGGGGCGGCAGAGGCGGUGGGCACCCUUAUAAUAACCAUGGUUCCGCAGCUGAUGUUGGGGUGGCCUCGUGAUAUCAAUAAUCCCUGUAUGUUGCUAAGGUGUCCCUGUUGCUAGUUUUUGUAGGCCUUGCUUUUCUGCACCAAGCUCAGUUAUGAGUGUAGGUUUACAUUUUGAUGCCAGACGCCCUUUUCUUUAGUAGUUGAGUGAAUGGAGUAUUUUCUGAACUUUAAACAUAAUUCUGAAGUUUGGUGUUAUGUUAGUGGAAAGUAGAAGGGGUUCUGAUUGAGCUAUCGACUUGUUCGCUAUCAACUGUGGUCCAUAAUCCUCCGUUUUAACUUGAUUUCUUUCCGUUUUAA